AUGCCAGAACCUAAUCCAGACCAAUGGACAGAAAUAGCCAAUAAAUUUUAUUUAAAAACCAACUUUCCAAAUUGUGUAGGGGCAGUCGAUGGCAAACAUAUUCGUUGUAUUAAACCCAUUAAUUCCGGAUCAAUGUUCUACAAUUAUAAAAAGUAUUUUUCCAUUGCAUUAAUGGCUGUAGUGGACGCAGACUAUAGUUUUAUUUCAAUCGAUGUCGGUGCAUAUGGUAAGGAGGGUGAUUCUACAAUUUUCAAAAAUUGUCCAUUCGGAAAAAAACUAUAUUCUGAACUAUUGAAUCUACCAGCACCUGUUGUUCUCCCAAAUACAGACAAUUUUCCUCAGCCUUUCGUGGUAAUUGGUGAUGAAGCUUUCGGACUAUACAAAAAUCUUUUAAGACCAUACCCUGGACGAGGUCUCACACAAAAAAGAAAAAUUUUUAACUAUCGUCUAUCAAGAGCUCGAAGGUACGUAGAAUGCGCUUUUGGAAUACUAGCAAAUAAAUGGCGUUUUCUACAUAGUGCUAUUCUAGUUAAACCCGAUUUUGCAGACGACGUUAUAAAAGCAUGCUGUAUUUUACAUAAUUAUGUUAGACGAAGGGAUGGUUAUAAUUUCGAAGACACCCUCUCAAACUCUUUGGAAGACAUUCAAAAUGAAAAUAAUUCUGGAGCUCGUCAACAAGGAUUAGAUGUUCGAGAAUAUUUUGCCGAAUAUUUUAUGGAUGCAGGAGCAGUUCCGUUUUAA